ACCGACGGACGGGCGGGCGGACAGCGCAGCGCAGCUUCCGGCCACGCCACGCGUGGGCGUGGCUUCCUACCGUCCACGGAUCCGCCGUCGAUCUGGAGGGCCGACAAACGCCGCCCCGCUUUCCGCUGCCCACUGGAUUAAGUACCACUCCCCUCACCCCGAGACAGUCAGCUUCACAGCCUUCACUACUCACUCACUCAAGCUCCCACUCCGAUCCCCAUCACCAACCCCUCCCACAUGGUCAUGGCUCCCCACCCACCGGUCCUCCUGCUACUGCUCCUCGCGCCGCUCCUCCUCUGCUCGCUGCUCCCCGAUGCGGCGCGGGCGGCCGGCGCCGAGGACACCGGGGUGACCAUCGUGCGCAAGGACGGCACGACCUGCACGCUCUGCGCCUCCUGCGGGAACCCCUGCAACCCCAACCCGGGAUACAACUACCCGUCGCCACCUCCUCCGGCUCCGGUGACCCCCGCGGCGCCGGUGUACCCGCCUCCCACUUCCUACCCAGCUCCCUCCGGUGGAGGAGGCGGUGGCGGUGGCUACUUCUACCCUCCGCCCACCGGCGGGUACGGAGGAGGAGGCGGCGGCGGCGGGUCGCAAGGAGGACAAGGAGGAGGAGGUGGAGGCGGUGCGUACCCGACGCCCCCGCCGCCCAACCCGUUCCUGCCCUACUUCCCCUUCUACUACUACAGCCCGCCACCCCAGCUCAAGGGCUCGGCGCCGGCCGUCUCGUCGUCCGCCGCGGCGACGCUACUGCUGCUCGGGCUCUCCGGGCUGCUGCUGUGGUGAGGAGGACGACGGUGAGAACGCGAGGUAGAUCUGCCGAGCUGACGCGCUCAGUGGAUCCAAUCAGCUGGCUGGCUGGCUGCAUCUGCACUGCAGUAAUUUCGAUUUUAUUUAUUUAUUCACCGCUGUAAUUUUCUCUAUUUUUUGCUCCUCCCUCCUCUCUGCUUCUGUGAUUUAUUGUGUGCCGGUAUAGAACUAUAUAGGAGACCGUACCAAGUGUAAACCAAGGGCGACUAAUAAUAAAGCACCAGUGCUGUUUUAUAUA